AUGGCGAUUGGAGCACCAGGUUCUCAUCAGCCCAACAACGAGGCAGCCAACAUCCUGGAGAACGUGUGGGCUACCAUCAUGACAGAGUCCGCUACCCCGGCGUCGUCGACGGCCGCGUCGUCGGAGGUCGGCGAAGAGAAGCCGGAGGCCAUCCUGCAGAGGCUGCCGAGCCUGGGGAGGUGGAUUUCCAUGGGAGCCGAGGAGUGGGACGAGCUCCUCCUCGGUGGCACGGCGCUCACGUCGGACGCAUCCGGCGAGCUACUCGUCGCCUCGCCGGCGAGCCAAGAGGACCGGCGCGAUCGCCGGGCCAGCUCCAAGGCGGUGGCGUGCAAGAGCUACAGGGGCGUGCGGCGGCGGCCGUGGGGCAAGUUCGCGGCCGAGAUCCGCGACACGCGGAGGAAGGGCGCGCGGGUGUGGCUGGGCACGUUCACGACCGCCGAGGAGGCCGCGCUGGCCUACGACAAGGCGGCGCUGCGCAUGCGCGGCCCCCGGGCGCACCUCAACUUCCCGCUCGACGUGGUGCAGCGCGAGCUGGCCGGGAACGGCUGCGUCGAGGCGAGCCGGGUGUUGCGCCGGCGGAGGAGGAGAGGCAACAAUGCUGCUGCUGUUGAUACAAGAAGCAAUGGGAGCGUGUCGGCAACUGGUGGUUGUGACCAGACCAUGGUGUCGUUCGCUUGCGGGAAGAAAGAUCAAGGGACAUCGAUGGUGCAAGAGCGUUCGAUGAGCGAUCCAGGAGCGGUGAUCGAGUUCGAGGACAUCGGUGGCGAGUACUGGGACUACUUGUUCGCACCUUUGUAG